GUUAAUAAUGUCCCUUAGCCGAGCAGUGUGCACUUUACGACCACUUCAAACCCGUCUUCUUGUAGCUCGACUCGCAUCUGCGACUACAUCUGCUUCAAAAAUACCCCUGGGCAAAGUUGAAGAACAGGGUUUCAUGAAAUAUGUACGAAACACAUCGCGUGACCCGAAAGCGAAAGGCCCGAAAGUACAACUGGGCGACACCCCUUUCACCUUUUUGACGCGGCGGAUCGGUCACGCUUACGAAGUCUAUCCUCUGAUUUUCCUAGCUGGCUUUUGGUUUGUGAUUUUCUGCGCGACAGCGUACUAUAGCUUUACAAAAAUUGAAAUUUGGUUGGAUAGAACUAAAUCUAUCGCACCAUGGGAUUGGGAGCGCUCUAGGGACACCUACUACAAGCAAGGAACUGUUGCAUUCGACAGGAAGGGUGUCACUCGUCAACGUUGCGAGUUGAUGGAAAUGCUUCAGGAUGAGAUGCUGGAAGCCGCCAAGAAGAGAGGAACUCGAUAAUUUCUUCUACUACCUGUUCUCAGACACAUGAAAUGAACACAUCAUCGAAUGAAGCUCUUUGAAUACAUCAUCGAAUGACGGUCUUCUCUCCUCAGUGCUUAUGUGAUGAUUCUAGGAAAUUAUAGAUGAAAAUCUUUUACAUUCUGGUUGGUGGAAGCACAUGUAAACUUUCCACAUGUUUUUCUGUCCUUCAGUCACGAGUAGAUUUCUUAACUAGUAAUUUCGCUCACUUGUCAUGCAUUUCUUCUUUUUAAUAUGUU